GACAGCCAUUUUGCACCAUCCCUCUUCCACCCAGAAAGUAGGUUGUCGUGGGAAGACGUAAUCAGUGAGAAGUACUAACUCACAAAUCCCACUACACAAUCAUUCCCCUGUGUCAGCAUACCGUACCUGCUCAGUUUCCUCCGUUUGCAAAAGGGGGCAUCGAAGAUUGACGGGAGCAACAUUUCAGAAAAGCAAGGCCACUGAGAGGUGUUUGACAAAGUCACUGGAUGGAUAGCAUCGACGCUGAAGCCCUCUACCUGACCACAGCGCAGCACGGGCAACCUCAAUGCGAGCUUUCCCUUCCUGCUGUGGAAGUACCUGCCCUUGGCGGAACCAAGAAGAUGAAUGGGUCUCUGGACCACCCAGACCAGCCCGACAUUGAUGCUAUAAAGAUGUUUGUGGGUCAGAUCCCCCGGACGUGGUCAGAGGAUCAGCUGCGUGAGCUGUUUGAACCCUAUGGUGCAGUUUAUGAAAUCAAUGUUCUUCGGGACAGGAGUCAGAACCCCCCACAGAGUAAAGGUUGUUGUUUUAUCACAUAUUACAGCCGUAAAUCUGCAUUAGAAGCACAAAAUGCCCUUCACAACAUGAAGAUUCUUCCAGGGAUGCAUCAUCCCAUACAGAUGAAGCCUGCAGAUAGUGAGAAAAACAAUGCGAUAGAAGACAGAAAACUGUUUAUUGGAAUGAUUUCAAAGAAGUGCAAUGAGAAUGACAUAAGGCUCAUGUUUUCUCCAUAUGGCCAAAUUGAGGAGUGCCGCAUACUGAGAGGCCCUGACGGACUGAGUCGUGGCUGUGCCUUCAUCACAUUCACAGCGAGACAGAUGGCCCAGUCUGCCAUCAAAUCCAUGCACCAGUCACAGACCAUGGAGGGCUGUUCUUCUCCCAUUGUGGUAAAGUUUGCAGACACGCAGAAGGAUAAAGAACAGAAACGUAUCACCCAACAGCUGCAGCAACAGAUGCAACAGCUCAAUGCUGCCUCCAUGUGGGGAAAUCUUACAGGACUGAACUCACUAGGGCCACAGUAUCUUGCACUUUAUUUGCAGCUUCUACAACAGUCAGCGUCCUCUGGAAAUGCGCUCAACAAUCUCCAUCCAAUGUCAGGUCUGAAUGCCAUGCAGAAUCUGGCUGCAUUGGCGGCAGCAGCGAGUGCUACGCAGGCCACCCCCACAGGUAGCAGUGCUCUAACUACCUCCAGCUCCCCUCUCAGCGUCCUCACCAGCUCAGGUACGCCCUCCGGACAGCCCGCUCAAUCUGCCUGGGACGCCUACAAGGCGGGUUCCUCUCCCACCUCCAGUACUAGUUCUUCAGUGAACCCCAUGGCGUCUUUAGGUGCUCUUCAGUCUCUUGCUGCGAGCGCUGGAGCAGGUCUCAACAUGAGCUCCCUAGCAAGCAUGGCUGCUCUGAAUGGUGGUCUGGGCAGCGGAGGUCUCUCGAACGGCUCGGGCAGUGCUAUGGAAGCUCUGACUCAAGCAGCCUAUUCUGGGAUCCAGCAAUAUGCCGCUGCCGCUCUGCCCAGCCUCUACAGUCAGAGUUUACUGUCACAGCAGAACGUUAGUGCCGCUGGCAGCCAGAAGGAAGGCCCCGAAGGAGCAAACUUGUUCAUCUACCAUCUGCCACAAGAGUUUGGUGAUCAGGAUUUGCUGCAGAUGUUUAUGCCUUUCGGCAAUGUUAUCUCUGCCAAGGUCUUUAUUGACAAACAGACCAACCUUAGCAAGUGUUUUGGCUUUGUUAGUUACGACAAUCCGGUUUCGUCCCAAGCGGCCAUUCAGUCAAUGAACGGUUUUCAGAUUGGGAUGAAGCGGCUGAAGGUGCAACUUAAACGAUCCAAAAAUGACAGCAAGCCAUACUGAAUGAUUUUACUCUCAAAUGGACUUGGUUUGAAAAUGUUUUUCUGAUGUGCCCGUUUGUCAUCGUUUGCCUAGUAUGUCGAUGUGACGUCAAAAGUUCAUCGUCCAGUCCGUUGUCCUCUUCGCUUCCCUGGCGCUUGAAAUUUCACCCUUGACCUUUUUGUUAACUUUUG